ACAAAACACCAAACUAUUAUAACUAUUAAACAAAACUUAAAAUACAAUUUCGAAGAACGUAAUAUUCUUUUUUAUUUUAUUAGCGUACUUAAUUACUACUCUUUGUAAAAUAAUUAAUUAUAUUAUUUUUUGGCGUUUUAACAAGGUCAGAGGUCAUCAUUGAACGAACUAAUUAUGAAAAAUUAAAAAACGACAAACAAGUAAUUAACUGUUGGUAAACAUAUUAUUGCUUCAUAUUCCAUACGUUACGUACCAUAAUAACAUAUACCAAAGGGUAUUUUCGAGUUUUUAGUUGACUGAUAUUUCUUCAAUUCAUAAUAAGUACAGGAUUUUUUAUUUUUUUUUUCAAAAGAAAUUAAAAUAUAAUGUAUCUAAGUGUAUAGGUUUUGGUAAGUAAUACAAUUGCAUUUAUAGUGCAACCACUAAGUAAUCCUACAUAAUCUUUUCUUUGUUAUAUUUUUUUUUCCCUUGGGAGCUAUAAAUACAGGGGCAGAGAUUUUCUCUAUUUUCAUUUUGUACUUCUUUUCCUAAUAUACUUUCAUACCACAUUAGAACAGAGAGAGAGAAAAGCAAAAAAGAAAAUGAUGAAAAGGAGUUGGGGUUGGGGAGUGGUUCUGUGUAGUUUUACUCUGUUAUUCCAGCAAGUAUUUUCAGAAGAUGGGUUUGUGAAAACGAGAGGAGUACAGUUAGUUUUGAAUGAAGUCCCUUUCUACGCAAACGGGUUCAAUGGGUACUGGUUAAUGUACAUGGCCUCUGACCCAUCACAAAGAAAUAAAGUCACAACUGCUUUCCAACAAGCCAAGACUCAUGGCCUUUCAAUAGCAAGAACUUGGGCCUUCAGUGAUGGAGGAUAUAGGCCUUUACAAUACUCCCCUGGCUCCUACAACCAGCAAAUGUUCCAGGGGUUAGAUUUUGUGGUAUCUGAAGCAAGGAAGAAUGGGAUAAAGUUGGUGUUGAGCUUUGUUAAUAACUAUGAAGACUUUGGUGGAAAAAAACAAUAUGUGGAGUGGGCAAGAAAUCAGGGGCAAUCCAUAACUUCCGAUGAUGAUUUCUUCACCAAUUCUCUUGUUAAGCAAUACUACAAAAACCAUAUCAAAACGGUGCUUACAAGAAAAAAUACGUUCACCGGAGUUGCUUACAAGGACGAUCCAACCAUAAUGGCCUGGGAGCUUAUUAACGAGCCACGUUGCACUUCAGAUAAAUCAGGAAAAACUAUUCAGGCUUGGAUUACAGAGAUGGCAUCUUACGUGAAAUCUAUAGACGGAAAUCACUUGCUUGAAGCUGGUCUUGAAGGUUUCUACGGCCCAUCCAAACAGCAAACUAAUCCAAAUUUUCAAGUGGGGACAGAUUUCAUUGCUAAUAACCAGAUACCUGGCAUUGAUUUUGCUACCGUUCACUCGUACCCAGAUCAAUGGUUAUCUGGUUCAAAUUCUCAAGCUCAAAUGGCAUUCUUAAAGACUUGGCUAAACGAUCAUAUUUCAGAUGCUGAAAAUGUUCUCCACAAGCCUAUUCUCUUCGCCGAGUUUGGUAAGUCCGGCAGCAACCAAAGAGACGAGCUAUUCAAUGCAGUUUACGAUGCCAUAUACUCGUCUGCGAGUGGCGGUGGUGCUGCGGUUGGUGGGCUUUUCUGGCAGCUUCUGACAGAAGGAAUGGACUCUUUUCGAGAUGGAUACGAGGUCGUUUUGAGUGAGAGUAGCUCAACGGCUUCGUUAAUUACCCAAGAGUCUCAAAAGCUUAAUCAUAUUCGAAAAAUGUAUACUCGAUUGAGAAACGUUGAGAAGUGGAAGAAAGCCAGGGAUAUUCGAAGGGCUCAGUGGUUGGCUUUGCACAAGGGCAAAACUGGGUUAAGAAAUUAAUCAAUUAGUAAGAGAGAAUUUUCAAAUAAACAAGGGAGUGAGCUAAAUGUGUGUGGUUAUUCCAAAAUAGAAGUUAAAGUAUAACGAAACUUAAGUUUGACAUGUCUGUACAAGUGAUUAUACCCAACUUAUAAAUUAAAUACAACAAAGUGACUAUAGUCAAUAAACUCUUAAUAUUGGUGUAUUGUCGUUUACCCUUGAUUCUAUAAUUGUGAACAAGGAUAUUUGUGUUAUCUAGCAAUAAUAUAUAUAUAUUUUUGUA